AUGGCUCUUCAUCACGGCCGCUCUCUUAGUUUCCCAUCUUCAUCCCAUCCUGCUGUUUCACAGUUCGAAGACAACUUAUCCAGAUUGAGGUCAUCAGAAGAUACUUGUUCAUCGCUCUCAUUAUUCAAUGGAAAAAUAAAUGGCCUAAGAAACUUGCAUGAGAGCAUUGACGAUUUGCUUCUUUUGUCUCACAUUCAACAGAUUGUUUCCGAAGAAUGUGUGGAUGAUUGCAUUAAGCUAUUGGAUGCUUGCAGUUCAGUUAAAGAUGCCAUCUCUCUUGCAAAGGAAGAUUUAAGAGAUCUUCUUUCUGCAAUAAGGAGAAAGGAUGUUCAAGGCAUCAAUGCUUACCUUUCUUCCAGAAAGAAGUUGAAGAAAAUGAUACAAAAGUGUUUGAAGAACUUGAGGCAUAGCUCCUCGGCCACUUGUGAUAAUGGUUCCAUAUUGAAGGAUGCAGAGUCUGUUGCCAUUUCCUUGCUCGAGUCUCUGUUGGCCUACGUGUUGGGGACAAAUGUGUACGAAAGAAAGAGAUGUUUGCUGUCAAAGCUGAUGCAAUCUAAGAAAGUAUCCACUGACGAAAAUGAGUUCAACAAGGUGGAAUCAUUCUUGCAACUGAACCAAGAAAACGAGCUCGUGAAUCACAUAAAAGAGAUGGAUUCAGACAUUCAAGUUGUUGAAGAAGAUCUCGAAUCAAUCUUCAGACAGUUGAUCAAAACCAGAGUUUCCCUUCUCAACAUUCUCUACAUUUAG